AUGGAAGAGUUUAAUGAGGCGAUUGGAAGUUGUGGGUUGUCGGAGGUGCCUUUUGAUGGUGCUGCGUUUACAUGGACGAAUGGCACGGUGUGGCAGCGUUUGGAUAGGGCCUUGAUGAAUCGGGAGUGGGCGGAUGGGUUUGAUCUCUCGCAUGUGUCCCAUCUGGCCAGGGGCCGUUCGGACCAUGCGCCUCUAUUGAUCUGUUGCCAGAAUGGGGGUCCUCCCAAAUGUUCGUUUAAAUUUCUAAAUGUGUGGCGGGGUCAUCCUGGGUUUCAGGAGGUGGUUCAGCGUGAAUGGGGGAAGACAGUGGAGGGCGAGGGGAUGGCAAAGUUCUAUAAUAAAUUGAGAUUGGUGAAGGCUGGUCUACGGGUUUGGAAUGCUGAGGUGUUUGGAAAUAUAUUCUCCAAGGUCAAGGAGGCUGAGGUCAUUAUGAAACAGCGUGAGGGGGAGUUUGAUAUGAGCCGCGAUCCGGCAGCCAGGGCUUCACUGGAGGAGGCGAAGGCGGUGUAUGCGCGAGAAUCGGCAGCGGAAUGUGAGUAUUGGAGGCAGAAGGCGGGUGUCAAGUGGUUACAGGCUAUUCGGGGUUCAGCUGUGGAGUUCGUAUCCUCGUUGUUUGCUUCUGAGCAACAUGGGUGGCAGCCGCCAUCGGUUCCCUUCACGGUUCCCCAGUUGUCGGCAGAGGAUAAUGGGUUGCUUGCGGCACUCCCUGAGAUGGAAGAGGUGCGAGAGGUGAUUUUUGGAAUGGAGGCGGAUAGUGCUCUGGGGCCGGAUGGUUUUGGGGCAGGUUUUUAUCAAGGGUGUUGGUCGAUUAUUAAGUUGGAUUUGCUGGAGGCGGUGAAGGCCUUUUUUCAGGGUAUGUGUUUGCCUAGGAGUUUCACUAGUACUUCUAUUGUCCUUCUGCCUAAGGUGGCGGGGGCAUCGUGCUGGAAAGACUUUAGGCCAAUAAGUUUGUGCAACACUUGUUCCAAAAUUAUUUCAAAGGUGGUUGCUCGUCGGUUGGGGAGGGUGCUCCCGUCGCUAGUCUCCCCGUGGCAGACAGGUUUCGUUCCUGGCCGAGGGAUAACGGAUAACAUUCUGCUCACUCAGGAGUUAGUGAUGGAUUUAGACAGGCGCUUGCGGCAUCCGAACAUCAUGCUUAAGUUGGAUAUGGAGAAGGCUUAUGACAGAGUGGAGUGGCCAUUUCUGUUGUUUAUGUUGAGGCAAUUUGGGUUUCAGGAGCGGGUGGUGGAUAUUUUCUUUAGGUUAGUUUCUAAUAAUUGGUUUUCGAUUUUGGUAAAUGGAGAGGCUGCGGGUUUUUUCAAGUCGUCACGGGGUGUUCGGCAGGGGGACCCAGUUUCACCGGGUCUGUUUGUGUUAGUGACCGACUUCUUGGGCCGUGGCUUGCACCACUUGUUGCUUAGUAGGCCGGGAAGGCUUUUUGUGUCGGCGGGGUCUCAGGUGCCUUAUCUCGCCUUCGCGGACGAUAUGCUUAUCUAUACGCGGUGUUCUGAGGACUGCCUGAAUGCAAUAAAGGGGUUUUUGGAGGGGUACCAACAGGCUUCAGGCCAGAGGGUGAAUGUCAAUAAGAGUGCUUUCAUCUUGGCGUCGGGAGCGACUGAGGCGCAGGAGCAGAUGGUAACGAGGGUCUUGGGGUUUCAUCGGGCUCGGUUCCCUUUUACAUAUUUGGGUGCCCCUAUUUAUAAAGGGCGGUGUCUCAGUUUGUUGUUCGACGGUAUUGAGGCAAAAAUGCGGGGCCAUCUUGGACACUGGAGUACUAAAUUGCUUUCGUUUGGGGGGAAGAUGGUUUUAAUUCGACAUGUUCUAGCGUCGUUGCCUAUGUAUUUGCUUCAGGUGUUGAAUCCUCCUAAGGCGGUUUUCAUCCGGUUGGGCAACAUUUGUAAUUCCUUUUUGUGGGAUCAAAGGGGGGAGAAGCGUAUGCAUUGGGCCUCAUGGGAGAAACUGUGUUUUCCUUCAGAGGAAGGGGGUCUGGGGUUUAGAUCGUUUAGGGACAUGUCUCGGGCUUUUGCGGCUAAGCUAUGGUGGCGAUUCCGGAGUGGUGACUCUAUUUGGGCGGAAUUCAUGCAUGCAAAGUACAGUUCGGGUUGUCAUCCGUUGGAGGACUCGUCUGUGCGGCCUUCAAGGACUUGGCGCCGCCUUGAGGCGAUCAGGGUGGUUGUGGAGCCGAAGAUUAGGUGGUGUAUAGGGGAAGGCCUGGUGGACUUCUGGAAGGAUCGAUGGGCUUUAGAUAAUCCGUUGGAAGAGGUGGUGGUGGGUGCGGGGCAUCCGCAUUUUCUUGUGUCUGAAUUUUUAACCAGGGAUGGUUGGGAUGAGGCUCGUCUUGCUCAGUGGGUGCCGGAGUCGGUUAUCGGUGUGAUAAGGGACAUCCCAUUUGAGGUUUCUCAGAAGGAUAGAUUGGUUUGGGCGCCUUCUUCAUCGGGUCUUUUUUCAGUAAACUCGGCGUGGGAGUUUCUUCGGCAACGGAGGUGUCCAUCCUUGGUUGACUCUCUCCUUGGGCAGCCAGCUUUGCCAGCAAAAAUGGUGUUUUUAGCGUGGCGCUUGGUAAGGAAGUUCAUUCCUUUGGAUGUGGUGUUGAAGUCGCGAGGGGUGAUGAUUCCUUCCUGGUGUGGGUGUUGUUAUGGGGAGGAGGAGGAUCUCUUGCAUGUGUUUGUGACUGGGCCGAUUGCUUCCCAAGUUUGGACGAGGGUGUCGCGUAGGUUUGGGUUUCAGAUGAGAAAUUGCUCUACCAUGGCUUCGGUUUUCAUUGCUUGGUUUCUAUCUUCCGAUACAUCGUCCAAGAAUCAUAUUAGGGUGAUAGUGCCAAUUGUGGUGUGUUGGCUUCUUUGGAGGGCUAGGAACCAGGAGCGCUUUCAGGGGGGCCGGUGGGAGGUCAACCGGAUAAUUUGGGAUGUGGAGAAUUUUAUAGAACAGUUGGGGAGGGCAAAUAAGCUUAGGGGGUUUCAUUUCAAGGGGGAUAAGGAUUGUGAGUGGCGGCGGUUGGUCAGCGGUCCUGCCAGGCGAAGUUCCCCUCGGGCGAUUGCCUGGGAAAAGCCUCCCUGUGGAGUGUUUAAAUUGAAUACAGAUGCUAGUGUGAUUAACGGGAGGGCCAUGGGUGAUGGGCUGGUGCGUAACUAUCAGGGGAAAUUGAUUUUUGCCUUUUAUAAGGAGUUCGGGGAGCACGGGGUGCUUGAGGCAGAGUGCUUGGCGCUUCUGGAGGGGUUGCAGUUGUGUCUUCAAAGGGGGCUGGUUCCUUCGCUAGUUGAGGUCGACUCCAAGGUUUUGGUUCAUUUAGUGGUAUCUGGGGCGGUUGCGAAGUGGCCACUAUGUAACUCUCUAAGGAAGGUGAGACGUUUUUUGGAGGGUUUUCCGGCUACCAUCUCACAUGUUUUCCGGGAGGCCAACGGUCCCGCUGAUAGGCUUGCAGCGGUUGGGUUAACUGGUUCUCAUGUGUUUGAGGAGGGUUCACAUUUGCCGGCAAUUGUUAGGUUGGCCAUAGUUCUGGAUUCCCUGGGAGUGCCAGGGGUGCGGUGGUUAUCUGAGGAUGGGUAG